GGGGUGAUGAGACUGGACUAACUAGCAAUUAUCUAAAAACUAAAAGAGGCGGAAUUAAGAGAUGAACCUUGCUGAAGUGUGCAUUCUGAUUGAAAUAAGAUGUAUGGUGUCGUUGUUACUCCACCACUCAACGAAACAGAAAUAAUGCAUGUCGUUUAUGUGGAGGAAAAGAUUCCUCUUCUAUUCAUUAAACGAGUCCCAGUAUCAAAUAGAGCAAAACUGACCAGACAGGAACGUAAAGAUCUCGACAAAGCUGAAAGAAAUAAAUCCCUUAUGUUCGGUGACUGGAUUGAAUUUGAAGCAAGAGAUAUUGUAGAAGGUUGCAUUGAGAAGUAUGUGAAGACAUAUCCAUUGAAUUCUUGUCGCAGCAUUGGCGACCAUCUGCAGAUUGAAUCGAAGUGUGUCUUCCCACCAUUAACUCGUGGAUGGGAGAAUGAAUGUUACUGUGAAUUGUUCGGUAAAGUUCGAGUUGAUCCAGAAUUGAGAAACUGCUUUCUUGUUGAUGUCGCAUACCGCUGCUGGAUUUCCGUGGAAGUAACGCGAAUAUCAUCUUUGAAUGUUGAGGUUGAUGAAUAUAUUGAUGUAUCGGAGGAGCAGGAUCUAGUUAAUGAAGCGCCUUGGAAUCAUGAAGAUCCUCGCUUUGUUACCGUGAUCAGCAACGAUACUGAUGAGAGUGAUUCAGAUUCGAGGGAAGGCAAUCCUCAAGCAUUAUAUCCCAUCGAGAUAUACAAUGUGCAAGGUGUAUUGGUUGGCGAGCGAAAUGUUUAUAGUAGACAAUAUCCAGACGUGAAAAUCGCGUUGGCUUACGUUAAACGUGGACGACAUACUCCCGUUGGCAGCUGUAUACAGUUUAACGCUUAUUACAGUAUUCCUUUACAAUUAUAUGUGGUUCGGUCAUAUCGUCGUUUGGAGAAACAAUUCAAAACGAAACCAUUCGAAUUUGGAUCACAAUUUUUGUUGGAAAUUUACGCCAACUGGGGAUCAAAUUUGCCGAUGGGACAUUUAUGGAGCAAAGGUAAGGAUCUGGGGUUGAUCCAUGAUGCUGAUCGACUUUUGCUACCUGUACUAUUAAGUCAAAAUCCAUAUGGACCCGUAUGCGUAUAUGUGGCAUAUACAGGUCCUAGUCGUUUGAGUUGUUUUGCAAUAAAAGAUCUUUCGGACGUGGCAACAAAGAAAGCGAAUGCAGUUAUGAAUAAUGGCUAUGCAGAACUGUCGAGUGAUGGCUUGGUUUUGGGUGACGGCUUGCUUCUAGCAUCCGAUUACCUUUGCUUGGAAAUUCGUUUCGACUGCAGUUCACAAAAAGGAUGGGACAAGCUUGUCCCUGGGACAUGGGUUAAGUUCACAGCGUGUAGUCCUGCUGGUAAGCCGGACUUCAGAAUCAAAACCUGGAACUCGAUAACUAAUCCACUUUUGACGCAGAUUCGUGCAGUUCCAACUUCCAAUGAUUAUGCGUUUGAGGCAUGUGGCUUUUUCGAACAAGAGCUAAGCGCUCUAAAAUCAGCUGUAUUCGGUUUUAUUGAAAUACCGCUCGAAAAACGACCACUGAUGAAUCCAAAGAAUGAAGGUAUAACAAUUGUUUGGGUGCGAGAAGAUAAAAGAAACAAAAAAACACGUUUCAUACUUCAUUCGGUUGAAAUCCCGCAGAUUGUCGAUGUUGAAAAAGAUACGGAAGGAAAGUCAUCACAGCCUUUAAUGAAUGACGUUGAUCAAUGUUAUUUAACAGAAAAAUUUACUGUGCCAUGUAAGGGGAUUGAUUGCGAAGGCAAACGGUUACUGCAGCGUUGCUUUAAUAACAGUGCGAUUGUAAGCCUUAUUCAAGCAUCAGAUAAUGAACUUUUGACUAAUAUUGUGAAGUUACUGACCGCUGAAAAAUCGGGAAGUUGAAGAAUUUUGGUUUGAAUGUUGUUUAAAAAUGCCGCAGUUGAACAUUAUUAUAAAUCUUUAUGCUUUCUAAUCAUCGGUUUACUGACUUUAUUUCUUUCUGGCCUUUAUCAAAAUGUGAUACUGUUUAUUUCUUAAUGUCCUGAAACUUUUUUAGCUUUCAUUAUCGCUUAUUAAUGGAAACAUAUAUGGCAUUUAUUAUGUGCACCACAACAGAACUCCUUAUAUGUAUUAUGCUAAAGCCACUCAAGAUUCUCAAAGUAUAAUCGCUGUUAUCAUUCCUCUCAUGUAAAUCGGAUGACAAUAACACUUAAUUCGAGCAAAAAAAGUUAUCAG